AUGAAGAAACUAUUGUUGUUCCUCUUACUGACCUAUUUAUGCUCUGCCGCUCUCUCUGCCAGCAUACUCGAUUAUCUUGCGCUCGUAACCGACGAUGCGGGCGCCAAAGAGGAGGAAGUCGAUUCGAGCAACUGCCUGUGUAAUGGGCCGUCCUGUCUCUGCUGCAUCGACUUCAACAUGACCCUCAUCGAUCUCGGUGGUCUUGGCUGCGUUCGGCUAAAGUAUCUUUCCGCCGACGAGGGUAUCGCGCUGAAUAUAUCCUACGGCGAUAGCGUACUGCUCAGCCAGCGCGUGAAGGGCCCGGAUCCGCCACCGACGUGCCUGAAUGUGUUUUCCAGCCUGGCGCAAAUGUGUGCCCGCUUCAGCGAGUUGCUGCCAACGGACGAAGGACUGCGCGGAUGCCUCCAGCUCGAACCGAUGCUGCUCGGUGACGUGCAGAUGGAGCUGCCGCUUGGUUGCUUGCGGAUGGGACCGAAAGGCAUGGAGGUGAUUAAAUCAGCCGAGGAGCAGAUUAAGGAACAAAUUCCUAGCGAAAGUGAGGAAAACACAUCCGCUCCGGUAGCAACAGCGGAAGAGAAACCGGCAACCGGCAACAGUACUUCCGCACUGUCGCUACUGGACAAUCUUUCCACCGCCGACAUUCUGGCGGCAGUGAGCGAAUCGACGGACGAAGGCAUUGCGAUGAUUUCGAACUGGCUCGGUCUGUCGGUGAAUCGCGUACAGAAACCGGCCGAAGGUGCAACGGAACCGGAAACAACCCCUGCCGCCGAGGGCGAAAGUGAUAAGAAGGAAGAGGAGGAAGAGUAA